CCUUCCAAAAUGGCGUGAAUCGGUGGGAAAAAAGCGACCAGUACUUUCCACGUAACUAAUAAUAUUUUUUUUAUAUUUUUGCUGGCUUCGUAAACUAUUUUUAUAUUAUUUGCAUAUUUAUAAUUAUAAAUUUUCAGUUAUGUGUGGAGAUCCCACAAGACAAUUUCCCUGCUCAAUUUUUUUAUGAUACUUUAAUUAUUCUUUGGUCUGUAUGGAGCCUCUCUCUUCUCUUGUCCCUCUAGGGCGCCAUGUUUUAGAUAGUACAUUAGGAUAUAGGAUAAUCGUUACCAAAUAUCUGGCAGUUUUGCUCCUUUCAGUUGUGUUAAGUCGUUCAUUUACCCAGUCUUUCAAAUAUGGGUGUGGAAGUUGAAGUUCUUUCGCCGGGCGAUGGUCAGACGUUUCCAAAGACGGGCCAAACAGUGGUUGUACAUUACACAGGUACCUUAGAAAAUGGAGUCAAGUUCGACUCCUCCCGAGACAGAGGAGUACCGUUCAAGUUUCGGCUUGGUAAAGGCGAAGUUAUCAAAGGCUGGGACCAAGGAGUUGCUCAAAUGUGUGUGGGACAGAGAGCGAGACUAAUCUGCUCUCCCGAUUACGCCUACGGGUCACGGGGACACCCUGGAAUUAUCCCGCCGGAUGCCACGCUCAUCUUCGAUGUGGAACUCAUCAAAGUGGAGCCAUAAACCAAAUGUGUACAGCUUCUUCAAAACCAGCCUACUGUUAAGUAUCUUCUAAGAAUCUUGGAAGCCAGAGCUGAACCUACUAGAAAACACCUCUGUAAUCAAAUAUUUACGUUCUGGCAGCUGUGUCUGUUAAGUGUUAAAGAUAUUCUACGAUAGGUACUUUGGUGAGCUAUUAUAGCUCUUAUAAUUGUAAUAUUGUAUUUUACUCUUUUGUAAUUUUUUUUUUGUUAUAUUCAUGUGACUAGCAUCAAUCAAAAUUAUAUUAUUUCAAUGUGACAUUACAUUUUUAAUUUGUGUUACCGAUGUGAAUUUUCUAUACUAGUACACACAUGCUGAAUUUUCUUACUUCGUAACUAACUUGUUAUAGAAUCAAGCCAAAUAAAUGUAAAUUGCAGUAAUGUGA